AUGCACCAACCAAUCAGCACGCAGAAAGCUCAAUACGUGACGAAGGCUCAGAUUGAAUCAGCGUGGAUACCUUACGAAAGAAGACACUAUCGGGCAGCCUCGUUGUUGUACGCCGUUGGCUUCUGCACACGUGGUGAGAUGGAGUUUGAGGAAUCGGGAAUUGGGGAAGAGUGCGGGGUGUUCGGGUGUGUAGCAGCCGGAGAGUGGCCCACCCAGCUGGAGGUCGCCCAAAUCUUGACACUGGGUCUUGUGGCUUUGCAGCACAGGUAA